UUUCAACUGGUCGUUCAGUACAGUACUGUUUCCGUUCAAUUGAACGUUCCAGAACGUAAAAGCGUAGUUACUGAACGCAGCCCUGCAGACAUUUGCUAGUGUUGUUGAGAGAAAGCGAAGAAUGUUGAAAUAUUUCGUUCGAUGGACAAACUGAAYAGGCAGAAGAUAUAGUUAGAAUAGCUUGCCUCAUCGAAGUAAAGUAUCGAGCUAGCCAAGGAAUAACGUUACAAAAAUGUCUUCGCCAAGUCCAGGCAAGAGGCGAAUGGAUACCGACGUGGUGAAACUCAUCGAGAGCAAGCAUGAGGUAACCAUCCUCAGCGGACUCAAUGAGUUUGUGGUCAAGUUCUACGGCCCACAAGGAACACCGUAUGAAGGAGGUGUAUGGAAGGUGCGAGUAGACCUACCAGACAAAUACCCCUUCAAGUCUCCAUCUAUAGGAUUCAUUAAUAAAAUCUUUCAUCCCAACAUUGAUGAAGCGUCAGGGACGGUGUGUCUAGAUGUCAUCAACCAGACGUGGACAGCCCUGUAUGACCUGACCAACAUCUUUGAGUCAUUCCUGCCCCAGCUGUUAGCCUACCCCAACCCCAUCGACCCUCUCAACGGAGACGCUGCCGCCAUGUACCUGCACCGGCCAGAGGACUACAAACACAAGAUCAAAGAGUAUCUCCAAAAGUAUGCGACAGAGGAGGCUCUAAAGGAGCAGGAGGAGGGAGGUGACUCCUCAUCUGAGAGUUCCAUGUCUGACUUCUCUGAGGAUGAGGCUCAGGACAUGGAGUUGUAGUGAAGGGCUGGCAACCGCCCUCCCCUCACCCACACGGACUAUCAUUUCCUAAAGAGCAGAAGCAAACUAUUAUAUUCAUAUUUAAACAAGGCAAUUGUUUUAUUACUAAACAAACAAUGAUUUUUAUGGAUUAUAUGUAUGAGAAGUGGCGGUGUGAAAUGUCAGUCUCCCCCUCGUCUAGGUAUUCUUUAUUACUUACUCAUAGCCCUCUACCAACACCACCACACCCACAUUAUUACCCCCUCCUACCCAGAAAGGAGUGCAGCAUUCCCAGGAUCCUAGAUGCCCUCCUGCGGUCUGGGUGAUAUUCUGAUUAACCUUUGACCCAACCAUGAUGGAACCGACGAUGGGGCGAGAGCAGAGCAUCAUGGGAAGACGAGACUGUCAGACUUUCGUUGUCAUGACGGAGACAGGGAUGGAAUGUUUACUCAGUACCCCCCCUCCCCACCACAGUUUAUAUUUUUAAUUCUCAGAAUUGUUCUGUAUUUGGUGAGUGAAACACUGUUUCAACAGUUACAGCUUUUUUUCCCCUCCCCAUGCUCUACCAGAAGCUCUCUGUCUCUAGUGCAUGGCCCCCUCUCUCUGGAGUUAUUACCACAAUAAGGAAUUACACAAUUUUGAAAGUAAUUUUCUGCCUUCCUUUGGAUGGGGUUGGAAGCUACCACCAGGAACAGGAUCACUCCUUCCUGAGGAUCAGUUGGUGGUUUUCAUCCAGAUCCACCUAUCCAAUAUGGCUGUUGUUGACCCAUCUUUCAGGCCUUGCCCCAGAGGCCAGUAUGCAAGCCUAUCAACCCACCACACCCUGGUUGUCAUAGAAACUGUUCUGUAAACAUGCCUUUCACCCCGUAGACAGGAGCACCAGCUCACCAACCAAAGACAACCUACCAUACCACUUAACACCUGAGAGGGGGGAUGUGUGUGUGUGUGUGUGUGUGUGUGUGUGUGUGUGUGUGUGUGUGUGAGAGAGAACCUCAUGUUGUUAGACCCAACUGACCCAGGUGGAAUWGAAACAGACUACUAGAGCCAUAGUAGUUUCUCAUCUCUGUGACAACCCUAACACACACAGCAUGACACGCUGUUGUUGCUCUGGAUGAGAGAACCACAGAGAUGAACUACUAUCAACCCAGGAGCUGUCUGUCACUAAACAAACUCCCACCUAUCAACCCAGGAGCUGUCUGUCACUAAACAAACUCCCACCUAUCAACCCAGGAGCUGUCUGUCACUAAACAAACUCCCACCUAUCAACCCAGGAGCUGUCUGUCACUAAACAAACUCCCACUGUUGUCCACCAGAUGCUCCGUUAGCCCUCCUCCUCUCCGUUUUAGGAAAGUGUUUCAUUCUCUAAGCAUCCUUUUGUACCUUGUGGCAUGAUCCAGAAGUUAAGUUGUGUAGUGCUUUGUUGAGCUUAUUUGCUGUAGAAAUAUAGAAAAGACACCUCAUGUGUGAUGGAUGGGUUUCUAUCUAGAUGUCAGCGGUGUCCAGUCGUAUCCACACUGAGGGCCAGUGCAUGGCCAGGCUUCAUUCUAUCCAAGCACUAACACACCUGUUUGGACUUCUCUCAGUCUUUCUGGAAGACUAUGAUUAGUUGAAUCAGGUGUGUUGGUUGGUACAGGAGCCACAUACUGGCCCUCUGUAGAUAAAACGGGACUGCCCUGAUCUAGGGGUUGGAUUGGGUUGUUGUGUGGGGCUGGGAUGGGAGGUGUUGAGGGGUACCUGGGGACUUGUGGGGUGUAGAGGAAUUUUGCCUAUUGCUUGUGUUCAACUAUAAUAGGUAUUUGACUUGCGUAGUGCUAGUUAAUGUGCCAGAUGGUGAAUCCUAUUAUAAUCUAUGGUUUUAUUCCUUCUAUAGCAAGCUAGUUUCAAAGCGAAUUGUCCUGUAAAGGUGAAGCAUUUAGUUUUAAUUAGAUUUGUUUUUUUCUUCUCCUGAUUUGAAUCUGAUCCUCCCCAAAGGCAUGUUGCAUCUCUUUAUCCUUUCUCUUAUGCAAAUGGUCUCUUCUGUCUGCAUUGUCAGUGUGCAAGUGAACUUAUCUAGCCUGGGUGUCUGGCUGUUUCUGCUGUGGCCAACUCCUUUGUUCACUGUUGUGACAUCAUGUUGGGCUAAAGCAGAAACACACUGCCUGGCACCCAGGCUAGGUGAGUACAGCUACAUACCCAGACUGGCAAGCAGUGUUUUGGGUUUUUCAAACUUUGUGAUCUCUAACUCAGCAGCACCACAUUGGGAGUGCUCCAGGAUUCUCCUCUCCUACUAUUGUGUUCAUGGAGAGGUUGGUCAAGGCUCAUCAACCUACACAGGGUGUCCCAUUCAUGCCACAGUACAUGGGCCCAAUCAUAUCCCCAGAUUGGUGUGCUUAAUCCUAUGAUAUUCUAUAGGGCACAUUCUAUAUGAGACUUUCAGAUAGAAAUGUAAUGUGAAUUGGUGUCUGUUCCACACAAUAGAGGAUAUUGUCCAUUCUGUACAUGACAGAUCUACCUAUGACUUCUAAACAUUGUGCAUCAAUUCAAUAUGCUACUAGUGACAUGUACAGUAACUGAAAAAGUUUGAGGUCCUAAACUUUAGGAGCCGGGUGUAUAUUACUGCCAAAAUAAUGUGGACUCUUUGCUCAAAGCAGAUGUCAUCAUGCUUCAAAACACUGCCGUAAAGCCUGUUACAGGGGGGUGUACUGGCCUCUUGUCCCAGGUCACAUAAGAUGAGAUGUCAUCUGUAUUUCUUUAAGAAAACUCAUCAUAGCUUUCAUUGGGGACAUCCUAGUCGUACACAUAAGAAUUGAAUCACAAUUUAUUUAAUCCCUUUGUUUUCAUAAUAAUAUAGUUAACAUUUUAAGUAUUAGGGUGCAGGGUGAAGGUACAGAUGACAUGACAGAACAGGCCCCACACCGCAGUACCUACCACAUGAUGGUGAAGCUAUUGUUGAUAUGUCUUUUGCCUCCAUUAAACUAAGGACAGGAGAGUCAAUGAGACAGGAAAAUGACAUUUCUUUGAGAAAUAAUAUUGCAUUGAAAAACAUGUAUUGUCUGUACUGACACGGGAAAGCCCCAGCAUUGAGAUGGUUCGAGUUAGCAUUAGCAUCCUAAUACAUUAUGAGUGUAGUUUUAGCAUAAUGCUAACCGUGUCUCAAUAACAUGGGCACCAGACACUGUGGUGUAUUGUAAUGGUUACCUCAAGAGAACAGCCAUAGUGUGUAACUAUGUUGGCUAUUAGCAAAUUGAGCAUAAUUUGAGGAAAAACAUGUAUUCUACACAUUCAACUUGGCACAAAAGCAGAACAACAACGAACAUCUGAAGAAAAUACUUAGUCUGCUCUCACUGUUUGAUGAGUUGCAAGCUUGUUGGAAGCAACAAUCAGUGAGUGGACAGGACCCUUUCCCUAUGGCUAUUUAGCGUCAGGACACAUGAGUCAUUACAGUAUGUGUAUUAACUCCCUUUCAAUAAUGAGAUAUAUAUAUAUAUAUAUACUGUAUUUGGAACGUUUUUGUUUGAUUUGUUUUAAUCCUUUAAGGAUGUAGAAGACCAGAAAUUCCCACAUUUUUAAAGGCAAAUAAGUUAAUGAAUAAGUGUGCUUCCCUUGUAACUUUAAUAAAGAAAUAAACAAAAAUAUGAAAACAA